CCGCGUGUCUACUGACCCUGCCGUACGGCAUAUUAAUGGGGGUCCAGGAGUACCCGGAGGUGCCGAUCACCUACUGUGAAGAGGAGUGGACUCACGACGAGUCCCGCAAGGCUUUCGGCAUUUCCACCUGUGUCCUCCAGUUUAUCAUUCCGUUUGUUAUCAUAACCUUCUGUUAUGUGAGAGUUUGUGGCAAACUCUGGGACAGAGCCCGAGCCCGACCCGGGUCUGUGUCGAUGCGCAGGGAGGAGAUCGAGAGGGAGAGGACCAGGAAGACCAACGGAAUGCUCAUCUCAAUGGUAGUCAUAUUUGUCAUCUCAUGGCUGCCAAUCAACUGUUAUAAUCUGGUUCGGGACUUUUACACUCCGGCGUCGUACUGGCGCUAUUCGCAUGCAUUCUUCGUGUUGGCGCACGCGGUGUCCAUGUCUUCGACCUGUUAUAACCCAUUCCUCUACGCCUGGCUUAACGAG